GGUACAAUAUGGCGGCUGGAAACAGCGACACGCCCAUUUUGUGACGUAGGUGAGUAGGGUCUAUAGAUACAUAUCGAAUCGGCUUCAUGCCAGAGAUUCCCAACCCUAAUUUCCAUCAAUAGUUAAUACUCCAGCAAUGACGGCCACCGCUAGAGGGCGACGUCCAAAAAUCUCUACUCGGAUUUGUCAAGACUUUCCGUGAACUACUGCUCCGGAAGAACUCUCUCUUGACCUAAUCCCUAAGCGGGACUGGCCGUUCUUCCGUGUUCUCUUCUCCUCACCAAACGAGCUCCUUCAAAGUAUUCUCAUCAGGCCAACACAAAAACAUCAAGCUAAAGAGUAGAGCCGUAGAAGACGAGGAGAGGAAAUCCAGACCACGACGAGCAACUGAAAAACAAAAUGAGGAUGUCACUAUGAAAGCGCUUCACCCACAGAAGCACGAUCCCCUCGUCGUUAAACAGGAGGAGUCGGAGAUGGCGUACAUCAAAAAGGAGGACGACCCAGAGACCUCCAGUAUUAAAGAUAAACAGGAUGAUGAAAUUCCAAAGUUUCCAGUGACUGUCGGUGUGAAGAGUGAAGAAGACGAAGCUUCAAGCGAAGAGAGCGAAGAAGAGGAAUCUUCGAGCGACGGCUCAUUUCAACACCUGCCAACAAAAGGAGAGGGACGAUCGCAACCUGACGGUUUGUUCUCAGACAGUGACGACGUAACAUCAUACUCGUCUGAUUCCAACACUGAUGAUGAAGAUAAUGACUUUGAGCAAAAUGCUUCAACAUCCUUAAGCAAGUCCUCAUUGAAAAGAGAGACAAAUGCAGUUUGGAAACCUUUUACCUGCUCGCUUUGUGAUAAAACAUAUUCUCGGAAACAUCACUUAAAAACACACAUGCGUACACAUACCGGAGAGAAGCCUUUCGCCUGCUCAUUUUGCGGUAAACAAUUCGCUGAGAAGGGAGGUUUAAACAAACACAUAAUGGCACACACUGGAGAAAAGCCUUUUCCCUGCUCAGUUUGCCAUAAAAGAUUCUCUCGGAAAGAAAAGCUAAACCGUCACAUUAAAACACACACUGGAGAGAAAGAUUUUGCCUGCUCACUUUGCGCUAAAACAUAUUCGCGGAAACAUCACUUAAACAGACACAUGCUUACACACACCGGGGAAAAACCUUUUGUCUGCACAUCUUGUGGUAAACAAUUCGCCCAGAAGUUAGAAUUAGUAAGUCACACAAAGACACACACUGGGGAAAAGGCUUACGCUUGCACACUUUGCGAUAAAAGGUUUUCUUGGAAGCAAGCGUUAACAACACACACGCGUACACACACCGGGGAAAAGCCUUAUCUCUGCACAUUUUGUGGUAAAAGAUUCAGCCAGAAGAUACACUUAAAUCGUCACUCAAGUUUACACACUGGGGAAAAGCCUCAUCUCUGCACAUUUUGUGGUAAACAAUUCUCUGAGAAGGGAGGUUUAAAGAAACACAUAAUGACACACACUGGAGAAAAGCCAUUUUCCUGCUCAGUUUGCCAUAGGAGAUUCUCUCAAAAAGUACUAUUAAGACAUCACACAAGAACACACACUGGAGAAAAGCCUUUUGUCUGCAGAGCUUGUGGUAAACGAUUCAUUGAUAGGGGAAGUCUAAACAGACACACAAGAACACACACUCGAGAGAAGUCGUUUGCUUGCCCUAUGUGCGAUAAAAGAUUUGGUCGUAAGCAACAGUUAACAACGCACACGUGUACACAAACCGGGGAAAAACCUUUUCCCUGAUCAUUUUGUGCUAACAGAUACAGCCGGAAGGAAAAUUUAAACAAUCACGCAAAAAGACACGUUAUUAAUUUACGGCUAACUGCUUUUCACAAUUUUACUUCUGAUUGUCCGCAUUUUGAAAUUCAGUGAUCCCUCGUUUUUUGCGGUUAAUGGGGAAGCCCCCCACUCCACCCCCAUCGAUAGGGUUGAGCAUCGAUGAGACCAGGUUUUAACACUCCGAUGCUCUCGGAACCGUUCAAAUUUUUAAAUUUCAAUUCCAUUUUUCGAUGUCCUGACCGCCGAGCAGAAAAAAAUUGCUGCUGGAAACCACGUAAAGGAAGCCAGAAGAAGCGCGUUUGUGCAUUGCAACUUGAUUAGAAUCAUGGACACGUUGCGGCGGAGCUCAAAAGUUUGGCUUAACUUUAUAUAUAUAUAUUUAAGUGAUCCACUAACUUAAAUACAUGUAGGCUCUAAUAAACCACAAUUGAUCUCUUGUACUAAAAUAUGUUGUUAGAAACACAUAAAAUGUUAAAUCAAUGGCAAUAUUUUAUAAUGUUUAGUACAUAUUUUGACCGUUAGUUGACGCCAUGGUUUGCGGGCUCGCAGUGAUGACGUCAAUGGCACCUUUCCAAAUGUGUAGCGUGUUCAACAAUUGCUUAUUGAUGCCUAAACUCGCGAAGUAAAUUGCCACGAUGUGCUGCUUUUGGAUGCAAUUUCCAGUCAAAUGGAAACAAGGGGAGUGAAGUGAGUGGUCAAGGUGGAAUUAUUAUUUUUAGUGAAUAAAUGUGCAUAAGUGGAAGCUUCUCCCCCUUUUUGGUCCCUGUGUGCACGUGUCCUACCCACCACGCGUUGCAACUGGCGCCCGAACAUUGUAUCCUGGAUCCUCAGUCAAGCAAGGUCCCACCGCGUCUGCAAUAUUGGUUUCGGAUCUGUCCAUUGGUUUGAUUCGUCGGUCCCACCGCGGCUUCCGAUCAGUCUAUUUUGUGGAAUCGACGGCCUGAUCGCGGCUGGAACAUUGUCAUGGGAUCGGUCUAAUUCCUGGAUCUUCGAGUGUGUAAAAAACACGGAUUUGGAUUUCUUUUGCGAUCUUUUUUGUUGACUAUUCUUCGUGGGAGUUUUCCCCAAAUCAUACUAAAUAAUUAAAGCACUAUGGCACGCUACAGUGACGACAGUGACUGACGUGGACCUUACAACAAUGUUGGAGUUCGUCAGGGAACACGGGUUUGCGUACUGCUGAGCUCCCCAGUGAAGAGUGGUCAAGGUGGAAAUCUUAUUUUUUGUGAAUAAAUGUGCAAAAGUGGAAGCUUUUCCCCUUUUUGGUACUUUUAUACACGUAUCCAAGCUACCACGCGUUACAAUGUACAAGACAUGGAUUACACAAGGUGUGCUCUUUGGCCUGUACUGUAAGCACACGACAGCUCUGGAUGCUAACAAUCUACAUAAUUAUAUAGGGAUGUUUGAAAACACAAUAUGCUUACCUUGAAUAUCUGCUAAUAAAACCGGAGUUCCCAACACUCUCGCUCCCAACCCGAGUUCCCAAUAGCACUCUGUUGCUCUGUUGCCAUUGAGACAGCGAGUGCAUCACCAGUUUUGCCCAACUUUUGUCUGAUCAGGUAUUUGCUGCACGCAUUUUUCCCUGAAGCUCGUCUUGUGAACGACCGACAGUGCUGUCCUGCACUUCACUUUUCAGAUCUGGUUCAAAUAGGAAGGGUAGAACACGACACGCUGGAAUUUCGGCAUCGGGGCCAGUGACGUCACGCACUGCGACGUAACAAGAAUGGCGACCUAUCACUUAAAAUAAUUUUACAAACUUUAUUAAAACAAAAACAUUAAGAAGGAUUUCAAUAUCAAAUUAUAACUCAUACUAACAUUUAUCAUAAGAAUUACUUGUCUUAAAAAUAGUAUUAUAUAUUGAACCGUUUCGGUACUUGGUGUUCGGUUCGGAACGGAGAAAUCCUCCAAGUGGACUCAAAAUCAGAUGUUUUGUGCUUAAAUUUAGAGAUAUAAUAUCUACUAGUAUAUUACUAAUCCAAAAUUUUGAAUAAACUUAUUUAUAAAGCUUGUGUAUGAUUAUAAAUUGGUAACAUUUUAUUGGCCCACCCUGCAAAUGUUGAAAAAGUCUUGUUAAUAACAAUGUCAUCACCUGACAUCUUGCUUGCUUCCGGUGUUCUGCCAAAAUGUACUACACUGGCGAAACUUCCUUCAAUAGCUGAAUUUGACACCCAAAGUACUACCGUGCACUUUCAACAUGUUUUGUUUAGAUGCAAUCAGGCAGAAAAUACAGAAAAAAAUCCAUAAGUAAAUACUUAAAUGUAGUGAUAUCAAAUAAGAGCGGUUUAAAUUCGCUAGGCAUAGACUUCACUAUCAGUUGGUGAGAGAUGGUAAUGCUUCGAGCAGCAAAUUACUUGAGUAACUUUUCGAGAAAAUUUACUUCAAAUAGUAGUUUUAUCAGGCCAUACUUUUUACUUGUGUAGAUUUGUGUAGAAGAAACGCAACUCCGCUACAUUAAUUUUUUUCUAUUCUCGAUUUUAGAACUUUUUUUCUUUUUCCGAGCGAUGCCAACAGUGGCUCUACCAGUUUCAUCAAUGAGACGUCAACAUGACGAAACAUGACUCUUACUAUAUCAAUCAGACUCAAGCUCUCCGUUCUAUGAUCUCGCCGGCCUGUUCAAUCACGUGGUUUCUUUAAAGCAAGUAAAAAAUAAAGUAUUUGACAUGGAGCGCUACCCUCGUACUCGUAACAACAUGACUCAAAAGCGCAGAUUUUAACCUGUUUUUAUUUGGCACUGAUUGACUACAGAAAACCAGAGAUAUGAUCCUUUUAAUUUUAUAAUAGGAACUAUGAAGGAACUAGUUAAUAUUCAACUAUUCAAACUAGAAACUAUUUUCUCCACUAGAGGGCACUCGGGCUCCUUGGAUGAAUGAUGCUUCAUUUCCGUAAUUUUUUUCUCUUACCAAAAUUCAAUAUUUUUUGUGUGUAUUUCUUUGGCUUAAUGUUAUGUAUUGGGUUAUUGUACAGUAUAACAGUUCAUAUACAUAACUUUGUGCUGAGAAAUUAAAAAAAAAAAAAAAAAAGGAAUCAAACAUCGAAUUCAAUUACUCACAAUGUUACUCAUGACUUGGGAUCUCUUUUCACCAAAUACUUUUUUUUACUUCUACAUGAGUAAUUGUCAUUUUGAAGUAAUGCUAGUUUUACCUGAGUAAUUUUUUGGCUACUCUACCCACCUAUGGCUAUGAGUUAAAUUUAGUGAGUGGUGACACAUGUCAUCUUUGAAGACUUUUCACAUUGUAAUUACGUCACCCAUGUGCUGCUGGUUGGUCUCAUUUGAAAGUGUGGAAGUUGACGUUUCCUCUCGUUUUUACUUGAAGUCAAUCAACCAAGUAAAGCGUGAGAUAAUGUCAUUUAAGUUUUAUUGUCCUCUCAAAUAAACAUUAAAACGCUGCAUGGAUCAUUUGUUUACUAAAUGACUUCUUCCACACAACAUUAUUGUCAUGAUUUUCUCUUAUAAAUCUGACGGAAUCGGCGUGCAUUGUCUGUCUCUGAACCUGAAAGGGAAAAGCAACUAAAGAGAAUGUACGGCUGACUUGACCAAGUAUUUACAAAAUGCGGGUCACUUCACCGCAGUUGCCAACCGGACACCAUUUCUCGCGUUGAACUUAACUAAUUUGCUCCCAAAAACAUAAAUAUGUUUUAUUUUUAAUUGUUUGUGUGUCCCAAAGACGUAUACGUCUUUUACUUUUUUUUUUUUUAAACAAGAGACAUCUCUAGGUUUUGAUUCAACUUAGCUCCAAAGCACAAAGUUGAAAAUCCAUUCUAAAGCAAUAAAACUGGCCACUGGAGGGCAGUAGCGCAUUUGGUAAGACCAACCCGA